UCGUUCUGUGAGAAGUGGUCCAGAUGAACCAGGACAGAGGAGGGUACCGCCGAGAAUGGACAGCUCCACGUGGGGGCAGCACCGUACGCACUCACUGAGCUGCUGCCGCAGCGCUUCCUCCGGGGCAGACAUGGCAGACAGGGCCGGUGAGGGGCUGACUGUGGCGGAGCAUCCAUCAAACCGUCCGUCUGUCACCGCAGGAGGAGCAGCCCGGGAUUUAACCAUGUCCGCCACGCCGCCACGGCCUUCAGAUCCCAGAGCGGACCCUGAAGACGGGCUGAACGGGGAUCCCCACCUCGGAUCGCGCCGUCAGUCAUUCUGUGAAGAGGAGCCAGACUUGAAGAGCGACCAUGAGGAGACGGUCCGCGCCGUGCCGAUCCACCGCCGUCCGGACCUCCUGGUUCCCUGCGCCGACCUGGUCAACUCGGAGUGGCGGCGGAGCCGGGCGGCCCGCGUCCACUCCCUGCAGAAGUCCUGCUGCGACUUCCCCGUCUGCCUGGUGCUCCUGCGGGGCCGGGGGGCGGCGGAGAGGGUGCUGGGCCACGCCCGCCUGUCCCGGGUGGUGGGCCACGCCGGUAGCCUCUUCGUGGAGUCGGUGGUGGUGUCCCGGGCGGAGCGGGGGAAGGGCUUCGGCCGGACUCUGAUGGAGGAGACGGAGCGCUACGCCCGGGGCCGCCGCUUCAGGAGGCUGUGCCUCACCACGCACGACAAGCAGCACUUCUACGCACACCUGGGCUUUGUGCUGUCCACGCCCGUGCAGAGCGCCGGCGCCAUGGCGGCGCUCGUUCCCAUGGAGAUGCUGCUGCGGUUCUCCAGGAUGCCGAGUGAGGAGGCGAGUGUCUCGAAGACCGCAGCGUUAGAGGGUCAGAUACCACGAGAGGAGGGGCCAUCGCCUCCUUCCGGAGGGUCUCCUCCUCCUCCUCCUCCUCCUCCUCCUCCUCCUCCUCCACCUCUCCUCCCUUGUUCCGCUCCUCCUCCUCCCCUCCCUUCUGCAGCACCUCCUCCUCUUCCUCCCCCUCCUCCUCCUCCUCGGCCUGCUGUGGUUCAGACUUUGACUGAAACUCCGUACAGAGACGCUAAAGGAGUUCCCAUCUACUGGAUGCAUAAGGACCUCUGAUGAACACGAGUCGCUGAUUUAUAGACCUGAAGAUCAGCAGAAACACUCUGCCUGCCUUCAGUCGCCUUCAGGGAAAUAAACACUGUGAAACUUUGAACGUGUUGCCAAAACAAAGGUGUGUGUGGAUGAUUUGACACACAUCCACAUCUCUGAUAUUCAGAUUUUACCCUCUGGAGACUCGGAGUUUAUUUUAUCUAAGUUUUUCACGCUCACAUAGGAUGGACAUUGAGAUGAACGUCCCACAGAUUUUUAUUUUUUCCACGUAUUUCUCUUACAGAGUAGGUUGAAACUUUUAAGCUCUGUUUGCACGACAAUGCUUUUUCACGUGAAAACUGAAAGCUUCCGUUGUGGCGAGGAAUGUCUGUUUACACAACGAUGUUGGAACUUUUUGAAAACGCUCCGGCCCAGCUGUCUCCAUGGAAACAGACACUGUGUUAAAAACAUCACUGUGUGAAACGGAAAUGUGAAAUCGGUGUGUGUGAAACGUGUGACCGGAGCCUCGGUGGCUGAAGGGCGGCGAGGCGAAGCUGAAUUGUUAUGAGUUCCUGCGAUCGCUGAACGAUCAAUGACGGGUCUGAUACCAAUUUAGAGAAUAAGAGGAAAAAGUUUGACGAGGAAAAUACCCAUUGAUAACUCUGAAUGCGUGUUUUUUUUGUCUCACUUGAGUGAAUAUAUUAGGAAGUUUAGUGUUUGCUGUGCUGUAAUGAGGUAAAUAUAAAUAUGAAUGAUGCUCAACACUGAAUAUCAAAGAGCUUGUUGAGAAACUUAUUCUCGACACAGUUUAACUUGAGUCCCUUCACGACUCAGAGGAUAUUAAAUUAAAUUUCUGAGGCUGAAAGUAUUUGGAGGCUAAAUGGGAAAAGAAAUGAACGAUUGUCUUGGGACUGAAGCGUAAAUUGAAAUCAUGCUGGCUGAUUUCAUUUCAUUUCUAGUUUCUUUGAAAAAAAAACCUCAUAGAUAUAUAAUUUUUGUGUUUUCCCAAUGUGCUGAAAAUAAUUUAAUAUAUAGUUUAUCGGAGGACUGAAUGUGCCUUUUUGAAAUAAAACUAAAUUAUUUUCUCUGUUAUAAACGUAGUCAGUCAGCCUGGACAGUGUUUGACGUCCUCGCAGCAAGAGCUUUUCAGGUUUGACCCUGCCAGGAAAAGUGCCUUUUUUUUUUGUUGAAAGGAGUUUGCAUGUUCUUCCUAUGCCCAGGUUAAUUCAGGUAGACUGGAUUUCUCAAACUAAAUAGGUUGUCUUAGUUUAGGUCCAACACUCCUUGAAGUUGUCCAUGAGUGUGUUUAUGUUUGUGUGUUUCUCUGCAUUAGCCUCAUGAAGGACCUUUGACCUGUCCAGGUUUCUCUCUGAGGCCUUUUCAGCCGCAGUGCCUCAACGAAUCCUUACUUAAAGCGGUAAUGGGAGAAAUCAAAGGUGAAUUGA